CACAUAAUGAAUUUCGGAGCUUCGCAUCUCAGUGGCAGCCAUGUUGGUUCACAGGUUUUGUCGCGGAUUUGUGCACUGGCUUCAGCGCUGAUUUUCUCUAUAUUUUUGUGCCCGUGAGAUGACAAGAUAUACACACAGAUUAAAUGGUGUUAAGCAUGCCUAAAGAUAAAUAUGACAACUCGAACACCAGAAAUGGCCGGCGAUCACACAAGAUUAUGUCUGCAGAGGACGUGGCUUCUGGGAAAAAAUCACACUGGCCUGAACUGGAGAUCACAGGUACGAUACGAAACCUCAGCCCGCAGCUGUGGAAGAUGAACCACCUGACGUCCCUGUACCUGAACGACAACCAUCUGACCAGGCUUCCCCCCGACGUGGCCAAACUCACCAUGCUACAAUGUCUGGACCUGUCCUGCAACAAACUGAGGAGUCUACCGGCAGAACUGGGAGACCUUAUCAACCUCAGGGAACUCUUACUGAACAACAACAUGCUGCGAGUGCUCCCGUACGAGCUGGGGAGACUAUUCCAGCUGCAGAUGCUGGGGCUGAACGGGAACCCGCUGUCCCACGAGAUCCUCAGCAUCUACGGAGAGCAGAACGGAACGGCCAAGUUGUUAGCUUACAUGCUUGAUAACUUGGCAGGUACAUUUACCCACAACUUGCCACCGCAGAGACCUUGGAUAACGUUGGAGCAGCCCAACAGGUCGCGACCCCACGCCAUCUUCUCGGUCAUGUGCUACAACGUCCUGUGCGACAAGUACGCCACGAGACAGAUCUACGGCUACUGUCCGUCCUGGGCGCUGGGCUGGGAGUACAGAAAGAAGGGGAUCUUACACGAGAUCCUCAACUUCACAGCCGACAUCAUCAGUUUACAAGAGGUAGAAACAGAACAGUAUCACACGUUCUUCCUUCCGGAGCUGAGACAGCACGGGUAUGACGGGAUAUUCAGCCCCAAGUCUCGAGCCAAGACAAUGGGCGACACAGAGAAGAAAUAUGUCGACGGUUGCGCCAUCUUCUUCAAGACGAAUAAGUUCCAGCUGGUGAAGGAACACCUGGUGGAGUUUAACAAGAUGGCGAUGGAAAACGCGGAAGGGUCGGCAGACAUGCUGAACAGGGUCAUGACAAAGGAUAACAUCGGUAUCGCCGCUCUGCUGGAAACUAAGGAUGGCUUUGCAGAAACGUCAGCCUACCCACCUGAAGUAAACCCUAGGCAGCUGGUUCUGGUGGCCAACGCCCACAUGCACUGGGACCCCGAGUUCUCGGACGUGAAGAUCAUCCAGACCAUGAUGUUCAUGAGCGCGCUGAAGAACAUCAUGGAGGAGGCCUGCCACAGCUUCAGGCCCGGCUCCUCCAACAAGAUGGACAUCAGCAACGUACCCAUCAUCUUCUGUGGGGAUCUCAACUCCUUACCAGACUCAGGUGUGGUAGAGUACCUGGCGACAGGUCGAAUAUCGACCUCUCAUCUGGACUUUAAGGAGUUGGCGUACAGCGAGUGUCUGGGGAACUUCAGCAGCGCCGACCACAAGCCCAGCGAAGUCACCCAUUCCUUCAAGCUGAAGCAGGCGUACGAGAGCGACAUCCUCCCCCACACCAACUACACGUUCGACUUCAAGGGCGUGAUCGACUACAUCUUCCACUCGGAAAUGCUGACGUGCCUCGGUGUGCUGGGCCCGUACGAUCCACACUACUUCUCGGAGAACAAGAUCAUCGGAUGCCCCCAUCCACACAUUCCAUCAGACCACAUCCCCCUGCUCUCGGAGUUCGAGUUGCAGCUCCCCUACGGCCCCCCGAACGGCCUCCCCAACGGCCUGCACAUAGCCCGGAGAUAACACUGCUCCCCCCACCCGCAUUUUACCGUUGCUUUCCCAAGCACACGGAACCAAGGCAGUGGCGUUUGGAUGUGGUACCGACCGCAGUAGCUGUACUUGUAGAUAUAGAUGAAUUCCAAGCCCAGGCAGCUGACCCUUUUUGGGCUCUUAGCAUAGGCAAGCCGUCAUGUUGCCCUUGCGUGAUUUUUAUCACUGAAUCAUGUUUGUGUACAUAAGAGGAAUUGGCUGUAACCACGUGUUGAGGAUAUUUUACGGUUUAUCUAUAGAAAUUGUCCGUGGGCUGUGAUGACUAGUUGUACAUACGGAAUAAGCUUGCAUGCAUCCUUUGAUGUCAUAAGGUACACGUUGUUCCUUCGUGACGGAGCCAGAUCUUUUCCAGAGUCUCCCUUUUUUUGGCUGAGAAAAUCUGCUGUGCUUUGCACAACGAAUUGCUUUCCCGCUCUCCCGAAACAAACAGCUCAAUCUUGGUCCAAUCUGUAUCCAGUAAAUUCGGAAGAAGACCUGUAAAUAAUAGCUAGGUCACAACGACACCCCCCCAACCCCCACCUCCCCUGCACCUAGGAACAACGGGUAUAUCUCAGGUAUAACCUCCAAUGGCCACUGCCUCAUGGCUCGUACUACUUGUACAGACAGGACUUGACCAGUAUGUAAAUCCAUGGUUGUGUACCAUAUGGUUUUGAGGAGAAAGGAUGAUAAUAAUGUGACCGAUUUACUUUACUUCUGACUUCCCAGCCACCACCGGCGGUAAGCCAAUUGUGGGCUGGACUUUGGGAUCUUAAAGGGGAUGUGUUGGAGGUCUCGGGGUGCCAUGUCACUGUCAAACCCCAUUCUGAACAUAAAAUGGGUUUACAGAAUAACCCCAUGUAAACCCUCAGCAUGAAAGUAGCAUUGCGUUGUUUCCCGUAACAUUUCGUGUCACCCCAAACAUGAAAAAAAAUUACAUUUCCGAAAUAAGUCUAACCAAUGGCCAUCUCUUUCUAAUGGCUAGUAUGUUACAA